UUUUGUCCAUACGGUAUCGCUAAAGUCAUUCGCGUUUCGAGCACGAGGUAAUAAAUAAACUUAAUUAAAUUCGUCAUAGAAUUUUUACAUAAUGGCAGUUUCUAUGGUAAGAAGAUUAACUUCUGCUUUCCGAAAAAUUGAACAAGCGUUGAACAUAAUUUUUAAUCGUAAAUUUCCUCCAGAAGCAUUAUAUGCAAUAGAUUGUAAUGGCUUAAAUCUUCCAUGUAAUGUAAACAAUCGUAGUCGAUUUUCUCUAAAAGACAUUAUUGGAGAUGGAUUUUUAUGGGGAGUUCCAACAGUAAGACGUACCAUUGAAAAACGUAUGAGUAGAAGAUUUGGAAUUCCAAAAUAUAACUGGAAACCACCUGUUCCAAAAACUAAUCUUUUGAUGUGUCCUAAUUGUGGUAGUCAUCACGAAGCUGGGCUUUUAUGCGGAUAUUGUUAUGAAAAAGUAAAAAUAGAAACAAAAGAGAUGCAAGAUGUCAUUCAACAAAAAUUAGGAUUAAGUGCAGUUGAAGAAGAUGUUAUUGUUAUUUAUGAAGGAGAAAAUAACAAGACAGAAGAAUUCUGGAAGAACCAAAAAGUAAUAGAGAUGCCAAAGAAACGACCUGAAUGGUUUCAUAAAAAUCUUCUUGAACCAUCUACGGUUGAACCUUCUGAUAGUAAGGAUAUAAAACCUCCACAACUUGCUUAAAACAAUUUAGACUAUUUUCAAAAAAAGUUGUUUGGACAUCUAUUGUAUCCCUUUUUUUUUUAAUGCUAUUUUAAUCAUUACAGAAAUCUAAUUUUCAUAAACAAUUUGUAAUAUCUUUGUAAUGUCAAUGUGUUAUUUGAUUUGAUCUAGAAAUAUUUUUAUUGUGAAAAUAAGUAGUAUAUUUGUAAAUAAUUUCUAUAUUCAGCAUUAUGCAAGAUACAAAUAUAUAAUCUAUAGUAAAAUAUUUGUUGGCUAUCCAUUCUGUAUAAUUGAUGCAAUAAUAUAUUAACAUUUUAUAGAAUUCACUGAUUGAGAACAAUGUUAUAAAUAAGGCAAAUAGAUCUUUGAAAGUUAUCAAUUAUUUACAUAUCUUACUAUCUUGUACUUAUCAACAGUAACUUAGACUGCAUUAAUAAAUUGACAACAAAUUUUAUAGAAUUACUUUUCAUCACUUUUCUGUACAUAGGAUUAAUGUAUAAGUUCAAACCCAUCUACAGAUGUGUCUUUUGUAAAAUGACUUAAAACAUGUUCAUGAAAUUCUGCAAAUGGAAUAGACUUUCCAUAAAAAGAUCCACAUAAUGGACAAAUUUUAUCAUUAGUAUCUGAAUUUUCAGCAGCACAUUUUUCUAAAGAUAAACUUAUAGGUGGUAAACUUGUUUGUGUCGAACCAUGUUCUUGAAAAAUGUCACCUGAAUUAAAUUGUAUUCCUAUAUGCACAACUUU